AUGCGUUUAGUAUUUUUGCCAUUAGUUUUUGUUAUCAUAAAUUAUUUGCCAUUUAUAUCAUCGACACUAAAGAGCUCAAACAUUGGUUUAACACAAUUAUUGACAGUAAAGGCAACAUUCAAUACAUGUUUCAAAUGUAAUGUCGACUCUCAUGUGUCAAUGAUAUUGGACUCGACUUCUGUAGAUUCAAUUGACAUGACAUGCAAUGGCUUUGUAUACAAUCAGAUGUCUUAUUAUUAUAAAGUUUUUAUUGAUAAUAACCCACAACUGUUGACAAUCAAUCAAUUGCACAGUUUUUCUGCAUUUUUAAACGGUAAUAUGGUGUCGGUAUGGAAUGGAUUCAUAUCCAACGGCACCUGUGCUGGUGAUUACAUCUAUUCAGUUGUCUUUUCUAAAGCUGAAAAUCAAAACGGAUGUAAUGGUGAUCAAGGAGUCCGACAACUGUCGGUUAUUUGGGAUAUGUUUCAGAUUAUAGGCAAAUGUGACUCAUUAUGCUAUGGCAAGGGAUUCACAACAUUAAGACCAGCCAUAAGUAAUAAAGGAAUUGUUGAAUAUAAAGAUAUUUAUUCUGAUAACCAGUAUUUUAGUUAA